AUGCUCGAUGAGCCCAGAGCAUGUGAUUUGAAACAGUGGGUUUUGAAAUGGGAAUAUCGAGACGCACUUCAUGAUAAGGAUCAGUUCGCUGGUUUUUGCAAUAAUUUCCAUCAAGUUUUCGACUCACUAAGCGAUGAGAUGGUCAACGACAAAGUUAGACUAGUAUUGACAGACACGCUCGGAAUCUGGAUCGUAAGGGCUAAACAAGUGGUAGAGGUGGCGAAAACUAACGGGGAUAUCGAUUCUUACGGAUUGUGGUUAGCUAAAUUACAGGAUUCGUUAUUAACUGAAGAUAAUUGUACUUUCAUUUUCCAGUAUUUGAUUGAUUUCUGGAGUGACGGAGGUCCAGCUUUGACAAACUCGUUAGAGACCGUCUUGAAAAGAUUGCUACAAAUUUUGAAGCUGGUUUACCGCGAAAAUUUGGCCCAAUUAUUGCAUAAAUGGGUUUCUCAAAUCUUGUCGCUGUCGCACACUUUAAAGCCUUUGUACUGUGUGCUUGAGAUGUUGGCUCCAGAGAUCGGUGCGCCGAUGGUGUUUGAGAAAGAUCCCAAAUUCGUGGAAAAAUCGUUGGAAUCUAUGCACACGGAACAAUUGAUCAGUCCUGUCAGUAAAUGUUUGGUUUCUUUACUCGUAAACUGUUAUCCUGCACCCGACAAAAAUGGGGACCUGGACCAAUGGUUUGAGCUUUGGGAGGGUCCUAUUAUGCAAAAUUUUCACUCCGACGUGAUGCGGGAAAGAAUUCAAAUUUUUAUACUGACCCCGCUUUUCAAAUUCACUCCUGCGACUGUAUUUGAGCGGUUUGUUCGCCGUAAUUUUGACGAAACGAGUCCGUUUCUGGUACCCAUAUUGAAAGUGGGUCAAGAACUAUCACUCGAAGAAGAACCCUUUGGAAACGAUAAAUUGAUUUCCAAGAAGUUUCUUGAGUGCCUUUUGCAGGAUGACACUUUCAAACUUUCUGCAUUUGAAUUGCUCACUUACUCGCCUAAACGGUCCCAAAAAAUAAAGACCUAUGUUUUUGACAUUGUAAGGAGGAACUUGCAAGUGUUCUUCCUGGAUGUUCAUUUGAAGAUGAGAAACGAUUUCCACAGCGCUUUCAAAAAGUUUAUUGACCGGGUACGAGACUCUACUUAUUCGUUAAAUCGGGACGCCGAAAAAUUGAGAAUCAAAUCCAGGUUCCCUGAUGAAGAGGCAGAGAAAAGACAGUCUAUCAAAGACGCUCAUCAGUUUUUGAUAUGGCUUCUCAAAUUUUUAAUGAAACAACUCGCGCCGGGUUCUCAGUAUCCAAGAAAGUCGCUCGCUUGUAAAGUUUUAAAAACAUUGCUUGCAUCAGGAUUAGACAAAUCGAUUGAUGAAAAACAUAUCACCAACAAGCAAACAAUGACUUACCCAUUUUCUAUUCGGAUCUCUCACGACGAAGUGCUUUGCAGGGUCUUGUGCGAUCGGCUGUCCGAUAAUUAUAGUGAUGUGAGGCAGAGCUGUUUCGAUUUAUUAGUGAUUGCUUCGAGCCGGAAAGACGGUCAACGGGGAACAAUUUCUGGUCUGUCAAAGGACGAACUUUCCCACAGAGCUUAUGAAAUGCUCAAAAUUUACAGAGAUUGCGAUGCAGGUGCCAAGAUUUUGGAGCUUUUGUUUUGCAUCAGCUCUGAACACUCUGUUGUUGUUAUCAAACUUAUGUCCGUACUAUCUGAAAAGAUAAGGCGCGCUCAAGAGGAUUUCUUUGAAGAAAUUCGGACGCCUGUGAGUGGUCUUUUCGCAGCUAUUGCAUUGCUGCUGAAGGAUUUCGAAUUUAAACAGUCGUCUCAGUUUUCUCAGGAAAUCAUCAACAAAUCGAUAGAACUGGUGAGCGAUAACUGGAAUACUGUUAAGAAGGUUCUAUGCGAGGACGUGUUUGAAGUGCAGGCCGAUCAGAACGCUUCAGAGUUGGGCAAAUUAUAUGAAGACACUGUGAUAAAUUAUGCAUUUCGGUCUGUGAAAGAGUCCGCUACGUUAAUAGGGGCUCUCGUCACGUCGGCUCCUCUAAAUCGUGAUCAAAUAUCCAAGUGUGGGAGCAUUCUAUUUUCACAGUUGUUGGCUAUCAGACACAGCGGAGCCUUUCAAUCGAUUAUCCCUUCGUUUGGAGUAUGCUGUGAGUGCUGUGCUAAGGUACUUCCUGAGCAACUCGACUUAUGGUUAAAAGAAUCUCUCGAAAUCAUGGGUUCCAGAAAUAAGCUGAUUACGAGGAGAUCUGGUGGUAUUCCUUACGUAUUGAGUAACAUAGUGGCCAGUGCUGUUAACGAGGGGAAUACUAAAAUAUUUACUAUUGCUUUCGAAAGAUUGGUAGCGAUUGCAGAGAGGCCAGUUGUCGAACACGAAGAAGAGGUUGAUCUACCUCAAGUCAAUGCAUUCAAUUGCAUCAAGGUUUUUUUCAUAGACCCUGCGCUCUCUCAGCAAUGUCUUGAAUAUAUUAAUCUUUGUUUUGAACUCUGCACACGCCAUUUCACGUCACAUUUGUGGUCGUUGCGAAACUGCUCUGUGAUGCUAUUCACAGCCCUACAAAACCGCUUGUUUGGGAAAGUGGGUAAAAGCGUUAGCGCGCGCCUUUUCUUUGCUCGCCACAAGGGCGUUCGGGAAACUUUGUUAAAGUUGCUAGAAAGCUCUGUAGAUGCAGCUUUGGAGGUAUUGAAUGAGUCGCAGGCCACCAACCAGAAAUCCAGAUGGCAAAUCGAAUCCAUUUUUCUGGUUUUGACUGUACUUUCGAGAAUGAAGUCAACCCCCGGAUAUGAAGGUUUGCAACCAUUCAGGGUUCAAAUUAAUCGCUGCUUGAGUUCAAAAACUUGGAAGUUGAGAGAGCUAGCAUCCAAAACACUACCAUUACUGACAAAUGAUUACUUUUGUGAGGCAAAAGAGCUAUGGUCGAACGAAAGCCUGGCUCUUACAAAUCAAAACAAACUACAUGGAAAUUUGAUGGCUAUAAAAGAGCUUUUAUCUUUGGUGUCAGAUGAAGAGACCCUCCAACGAGUUUUCUCCCAUCUAUCAUCACAAUUAAUACGGAGGGUUGACCUUCUUGUGAUAAAAAAUCCAAGUUUCACAACUGCGAAUGCUUUUGUUGAGGUCCUUGAUAUUGUGCUGAAAAGCUUUGACGGGGUGGACUCUGACGAACUUUCCCAGGUUAUCCAUAUGUUAGGAACUCAUUUUUUGAACCUGAAUAGUGAGUAUCAUGUCGACGGUACGAGACAGAUUUUAUUGACGUCGAUGUUUGGGAUUCUUCUGCACUACGAAGAUGACAAACAUAAGGAAAUUUUACAACUCUUGGGUCUUUCUUCAGAUUAUUUUGAAGUUCAAAUUGCGGCGGCGAAGUUUAUGUCGACAGGUUCCUUUAUGAAUUUUACCGCGUCACAUGUGGUUGAAGACACUAUUAUCGAACUAAUCAAUGACGACAAAACGUGGUCAUACGUUAAGUCCUAUUUCGUAAAAGCUUUGGGUGAUCGUACACAGAAGAUCAGCUCCGAGACUUGGUUUAAACUGAUUGACUCUGGUUGUGGUGAUAAGCUAGUUGCAGCCUGCCUUGAGAAUUUGGGACCUGUCACCACUCCGGAUGACAACUGCUACUGGGACUUGAUCGGUCAAUUUGCCCGAGACGAUUCGCCCUUGGAUUUAAGACUAGCGGCGUUAAGAUCUUUGAUAUUGUUUACCGAGAAAAACGGAAGUCCUGAAGCCUUGUUCCACAUCUACCGCUACUUGUCAGAUGAUGAAGAAGAGUUGAGGAUAAUAGCUGCGCAGUUCCUAAAUGAAAACUUCUUAGAUUUGCGAGGCGGUCCAGCGACUAUCGUUCCGUCCAAGGCAGCAGAUCUUUUUCUUGAUGUAUUUUUGUUAACUUUCCCGUCGUCUACGGUGCAGAAUUUGGCAAGCGCAUUUAUCAAAGAUCUUUUCGGGGAGUUCUCGCUAAGGUUCAAUUCUAACGAGCAAGGCGUUUUGUUCGAAUUAGAAAGCGAUAACCAAUUCAGAAAUCUCACUGAUGAAGGCCUGAGACUCGUGAGACUAAUAAAAUCUACCGCAGGGUCCGAAAUAAUUUCGAGAAAAUACAUUGACAUGGUUGCACAACAACUGAAAGAUGAUAGAGCGCAGGACGGCUUCUUAGGCUGGGGAUCUGAUCCUACGAAUUUCGCAAAGCUCUGUAUUGCAAGAUAUUUUGCUGAAGGUAUUGACUGCUCCUUGGAUGGUUUAAUGCGGUCACGAAAUUGCCAUCCACUCAUUCAGGAAUUUUUACCUGAAAAUAUUUAA